ACUUCUACUUAGCUGUUAACUGCUUUCUGAAAAGCACAACAGCAAACAGUUUUGAUGUACAUAAAACAGGUGUCAUUCGACUAUAUACAGUGAAUUCACUAUAUUAUGGAAUUCACAGCGCAUUUCAAACGCAAGCGAGGCAAUUGCAAAGACUUUAUUAAACUAGCGCCAUUUCCCCCAAAUUCCAAAGGAUUUCGCUAUCAAGGUGUCUUUAAUGGACUCUCUGUAGAAGUAUUUAAUACAGAACAGAAUCUAAUAAAAACUCUACACGAUAAUGGCUGCUAUGGCAAAGGAAGCAAUUCACGCGGAGGCCCGAUUUCUGGAGAGCCCGACGAAACGCUUCUACUUGGACUGGAGGAGGCUUGUGUGUUGGCCUACUCUUUAAACAUACUGGAGAUAAAAGACACGGCGAACAAAGAGAUCACCUGGCAAGCGUACGUGCAGGCAGCACUGGAAUAUGACAAAGAAUUUUUCUAUAAACUGGCUGCAUAUUUGUAUCUAAAAUCAAAGAAUUGGAUAAUUAAGAGCGGCAUUAAAUUCGGUGGAGAUUUUCUCAUCUACAAAGAUGGUCCGCGACAAUUUCAUGCCAGUUUCUUGGUACUGGUGCACACUGCAGACUAUAUUAAUCACCCGCAUUACGUGGGCAAGAAUUUGAAGGGAACUCAACGCGUAGCUGAAACAUCGGACAAAGAUGUGCUCAUUCUGAGGGUGAACGAGCCGAAAGACUUUGAUUCUGCGUUGGCUACACCGGCGGCACUAGAAACCCUGACCAUUGACGAGACUGUGAUACGGCGCUUUAACUACACAUCUUUUGUGCAAAGUAAACAGAAAUAAUAACAAGAGUAAACUAGAUUUUC